AGCACUCUGGAGACCUGUGAUCAUGCACGUUUAGAUGUGUCUACAAGAUUGUGUUUAUUAACGUACCUAAAUUCAGUCUAUAGACGCCUUAAAAAUCACUUAGAUACUGAGAUAAUGUUUAUGUGAUAUGAUAAAUACCAACGAUUUAACAAGUAGUUCGUUCGCCUGCAUCACAGUAGCAACAACACGGUCUAGGAUAUUGAAAUAUGCACUAAGUACAAAAUCUGUAUUUUAACUUUUUUUGGGUGUAGUGCUUAUAUAAAAAUUCGGAUUCUAUCCGAAAAUUGGCCAAGAUGAAAGUUGUUGUGGUUGUUUUUAUGAUAACAUUGAGUUAUAGUUUAGCGAGUCAACUCAUUUCCUUUGGUGUCGUCGAGGAAUUAUUUGCUAAAUUUAUUAAAAAUAAAUUAACACCGGAUGAAACUAAAAUACUUCAAGAUGUAUUUGAGAUCUUACACAGGCCCGAAUAUGCCUCAAUGGAGUCGAUUGAAAGAAACAGUGAAAGUAGAAUGAGCAUUGAAUGUCUAGUAUGCCGAAGUACAUUCGCUUCUGCAAUCCAAGGUCUCAACGAGGGUCAAACUGAUGAAGAAAUUAUUCAUGUAGUGACUACACUAUGCGUUUCUUUGGGUAUCCAGAAUUAUAACAUCUGCAGUGGUGCUAUAGCCUUGAACCUGCCUAUCAUCACUUAUAUUGUGAGAAAUGAACCUGCAGCCACCGCAGCCACAUUUUGUGGUUUUUUGUUUCAAACAGUACACAAUUCAAAUACGUGUCCUUUUCAUGACACUAGGUUUGAUUGGCAAGUAGAACUACCGGAACGACCCACCGAAGUAGCAACUCCAGCAUUGGACUCGAAACCACUAACAAUCGCAAUCAUCACGGAUGCUCACAUCGAUCCACUGUACGAGGCAUUCGGCGUCGCUGACUGUGACGAACCGACCUGCUGCAGAGUGGGCCAGAACCCGGCCAGGAACUAUAAAUACGUAUCGAACGUAGAAGAGUCCAUUAUAGAACAAAGUAUAGUUAAUAACAACGGAGACCUGUCUUUAGAUUUGGGCAUGGUUCCUAAGAUUAAGGAAAUGAGAAAGACCUCUCAAACAAGAUUCAGUCCCAGGAAUUCCCCACCGGCGGGAUACUGGGGCGACUACCGUAAUUGUGACUCUCCUAUAUGGGCGUUUGAUGAUGUCAUUGAUAGAAUUGUAGAAACCCAUAAGAAUGUCGACGUAGUAUAUUACAUUGGCGAUACGAUAGAUCACGGUGUAUGGGAGACAACGUACGAGUUGAUUAAUGAUAUGAACCGCUACUUAAUUGAUAAAAUAAGGAAGAGUUUUGGUGAUGAUGUUUUAGUUGUUCCCGUGCUUGGAAACCACGAAUCUCAACCGACUAACCAGUUUGCGCCAUCAUCAGUGAAAGAACCCUAUCUGAAUACAACGUGGCUGUAUGACGCAUUAGCAGAAAAGUGGGACUUCUACUUAACGGACAAAGCCAAGGAAGCAUUAAAGGAACGCGGAGAAUUCUCCAUUCAAGUCAGGCCUGGAUUACGAGCAAUUAAUUUAAAUAAUAAUGUGGCUUACAGAUCAAACUGGUGGCUUGUAUACGAUCCGUUAGACGCUAAAAGACAUUUGGAUUGGCUGGUACAAGAACUAUAUGAAGCAGAAAAAGCUGGAGACAAAGUCCAUAUUCUUGCACAUAUUCCGCCAGGAGUACACGAUCUUACAUAUACGUGGACUAGAGAGUACAAUAGAAUUGUCAACAGAUUCUCGUCGACUAUCGCGGCAGAAUUCAACGGUCAUACACAUUCUGACGAGUUUAAAAUCUUCUACGAUAGUGAAGGUACACCGAUAAACGUGGCGUGGGGCGGUGGCAGUGCAACUGCCUACUCUUUCUACAACUUGAAUUAUAAAAUUGCUACAAUCGACACACAAACAUUUAUGCCAACCAAUAUAAUCAAUUAUGCGUAUAACCUUACGGAAGCUAACUUAACGCCCAACAGAAGACCACAUUGGUUCCAGUUGUAUGAUAUGAAAAAUGCUUUUGGACUUAUCGACCUAAGUCCUUCUUCAAUGGACAAUUUAGUGCAUAGAAUGGUUACGACUAAUAAGGAAUUACUGGACAAAUAUGCGGCAUUUUAUUCAAAAUUAAGUGACUCUCGCUGGCCUUAUUGUAACACGAAUUGUAAACUCGAUAAUUUAUGCAAAACUGUUGUCACGAUUCUUUGGGAAAGAGAAAGAUGUGAAAAAUUGAGAAGUCUUUACUUCCAGUGACGAAGAAUAAAAUAAUGAGCAACCUAAAUAUCAACUGUUUAGAUGCCUACACGAUUUUCUCCAGAUACAAUAAAAAAUGUUUUUACUUAUUAAUUGUGUUCUUAGGCAUAUGCAAAGCAAAUAUGACAUGUCAAGACAAAGUAGAAAAAUGGUCACAAUAUAGAUUUAAGGUACUUUACUUCUAAGUAAGUAUCUACUAUUGGCAACUUUUGACAAUUGGUACCUAUCUACUAUCAAAAUAUUUUUGUACUUAUCUAAUUAAAACUAGGAAUCCGUUGAUAAUUAAUAUUUUGUAACCUAUUAAUAAUAUAAAACUGUUUUAUAUUUAA